AUGCCGCCGAUCACCCUCCCGAUCAUACAUUUCAACGAUGUCUACCGCGUUCGUCAAAAGGAUAAGAAGUUGGGCGGGACCAUCGGCGCAGAUCAAUUCGCAGCCAAGAUCCAAGCCAUUCGCGAAUCCUGGGGCGAACCAUCCGAUCUUGCCAACCUCGCUCCACCCCCACAGUCACCAUCAGCCUCGGGGUCGAGAGACUGGUCGCAGCAUUCGACAUCGCGGGAACGAAAAGGGCUGGUUCUAUUCAGCGGUGACCUGUACUCGCCUUCCGUCGAGAGCAGCGUAACCAGGGGAACCCACUUGGUCCCCGUCAUCAAUGCUAUGAAUCUCGACUGUGCCUGUCUAGGUAACCACGACUGGGACUUCGGCUAUCCACAUCUGCAGACAUUAAUGGCACAGAACAAUUUCCCCUGGCUUUUCUCGAAUGUCGUCGAUCGAUCUGGGAAGACGGCCGAGGAGAAUAAGGACUGCAGCAACUGGGACGAGGACUUUCAAGAUGACGAUGCGCAGGUGGCUGGAACACUACGAUACUGGACGACUACAGUGCAGGGUGUCAAGGUAGGAUGCAUCGGUAUCGUCGAAAAGGAAUGGAUCGCAACCGUUCCCAGUUUCCCGGAAGGGUUUGUUUACAGAAACAUGGUCAAAACGGCAAACAGACUCAGCCGUACACUGCGCGAUCCAGCGGGUGAGGCAUGCGAGCUCGUCAUCGCCAUCACACACAGCCGCUUACCCAACGAUAUUGACUUCGCCAACGCAGUCGGAGCAGUAUCCAACCCAGACCCAGCCUCUCAUGGCGUCGACCUAGUUCUCGGUGGACACGAUCACAUCUACUACGUCGGCAAUGGCGCCUCGAGUUUCUCUGGAGAAGACUUCCCCCGCGGCGAACCAGGCACAGAAAAGGACGAGGCGGCCAUGGUUGUGAAAUCAGGCACCGAUUUCCGCGACCUCUCCGAACUCCAACUCGAACUCACCGACAAAGACGACUCGGCCGUGCGCAAACGAACUAUCAAGUCGCUCAGCGUCAAACGCUACCGUGCCUCCGUCGACGAUCCCACCUCUCCACAACUCAAAUCAAUGCUCGAUGAUCUGCUGGCAAAGAUCUCAAAAUCCACUUCCCAGAGCGUCGCGUACACGCUGACUCCGUGGGAUGUGCGCUCCGAGAAGGUGCGAACCGACGAGUCUGCGUUUGGCAACUUUGUCGCUGACGUCCUCAUGAACUCGUACGAAGAGGUGCUGCGCGAACGCGAUAAUCGCGGCGAGCUGAGCGAGCAACGUCCGCCGCACGUGCGCGAAGUCGACUGCUGCAUCAUCUGCGGUGGAAGUCUGCGCGGUGACCAGAUAUACGGCCCGGGCAAGAUCUUGCUGUCGGACGUGUUGGAGAUCAUGCCGUUUGAAGAUGCGGUGGUGUGCAAGGAGUUGAAGGGGCAAGACAUUUGGGAUGCGCUGGAGAAUGGGUUGUCGAUGUAUCCGAAGCAAGAGGGGAGGUUUCCGCAGGUUGCGGGGAUGAUGGUCAAGUGGGAUUCGACCAAGCCUCCCGGCAAACGGCUGGUGAGCGUCGAGCUGCUUGACAAUCCGCUCGACACUCCGGCGGCGCAAGGGGAGGACGAUGCGAUGGAUGUGGACAAGCAUGACGACGACGCAGCAGACGCAGACGUAGGCAAGCUCCGACGUUUCUCAGUCACAAAAUUGCCCCAAGGCGGGUACGAUGUCGAAGUGCACCGACCCGCCCUCGUCAGCAGGGGCCCGCUCGAGAUGGACAAGACCUACCGCGUCGUCACGCGAGAAUACUUGGCCGAAGGGUACGACGGCUUCGAAGCACUCAAACGAGGCGAAUUUGUCGUCGAUCACGAAAAUGGACAGCUCAUGUCGGCGAUCGUGCGCAAGUUUUUGCUCGGUGCCAGCUAUCUCUGGCGCAUGAAGCAGAUGCGACGUUUGCAGGCCGAGCAAGUGUCUUCCUCAUCCUCUGCAGGAUCAAACGAUGCAUCCGCUGCGCUUAAGAGCGAGUCCGGCGGAGUUCAAGAGCACGAGCACGAGGACACAUUGAGUGAGCGCACACGCAUCGCUAUCACACGCGCGCGAUCGCUCAACUUGCUCAAGCACGCUAUGAAGCACAACGCAUCCUCUGCAGAUGCGCCGUCCACCCCUGUCAAACAGCCGCGCAAUCAAUCCAGCUCCGCAGGAUCGCAAGGCUCGGGCGACAACGAUCUGUGGCGCAUGGUCGUCGAUCAAUCGCCUGGCGGAUUCCGGGAUGCAUUGCACGUGGGAGGCUCGGAACACCACUCCAAAUUCGACUCUGUCUCGAAGCGAUUCAAUGAGCCGCUGAAGUCCGGGUCCGGUUCCGGGUCGCGGUCGAUUGCGGAUACAUCUUCGCACGCCGCCACGGGGGCGAUUGACGAUGAUUCAACCGAGACGUGUCUGCCUGCGGCCAAGCGGAUCCGAACCUCGUCUCCGCCCGCCGAAGCCAAGAUCGACAGUGCGCUGUUCGACCCGUCGUUGGCCUCGAGUUUGCUGGAUCAGAUCAAGGCGCUGCUGAAGCUCGUCGUGCAGGCUGCGCAGGCCGAGGGCCAGCUGUACAUCCCGUCGUCGUCGUCCAUUGCCAAUGUCGAAGGAUCGCACCAGGAGGAGGUGGACGAAGACAUUGGCGGUGGAGGAGCCAAUAUUGCGCUCGGGAGUAUGGCGGUCGACGAGGGGGAUGACGACGCCACACUAGCCUUCCUCACCGCUGGCAAUGCGGCGAACAAGAGCACUGCGGGCAAAGGCACGCCUACGCAGUUGAGCCGUGACAUCGUCCAGCGGGCCACACAGCUCCGGGCGACGUUCAGCGCGCUCGAACAGGCCGCAAAGACUUUGCCCGGUGGGAUGGACAUGGGGUUGCAGGAGCAGCAGAGAUUGUUGGCCGUAUUGGAGGAAUUCAUUGCUCGACAUGACGACGCAUUGGCUCAGUUGCAGGACCAGCCCGAGAAAGAGGAGCAAGGCAAGGAGGAUGGCGGAGCCUUUGGAGCAGAGGGGAAACUCGUUUCGAACAACUUUAAGCAUGGCGCGGUUGCGUCGACCAGUUUCCAUCUGGACCAGGAGCAGAUGGAUCAACUCCAACAGGAUAUCAGGGCUUCAGCUGGGUCCAAUCCCAAUGCGAAAGUGCUCGGAAACGGCGAGAGUACAAAUGCUCGCAGUAUGAAUGGGGCUAGCAGCGACAACCAGGCGAGGAAGGCGGAGGACGGUGAUGACACGUCCAACCUAGCCUUCGUUUCACCUCUUGUUGACGGCCGAUUGGUGGACAUCGCACGUCAAUAG